AGUAAGGAAAAAACGUGUGGUGAGAGAAACAGAGAAUUGAAAAGAAAUAUUUUUCCAAAAGCAUUACCGUAUUUCACUUGUUCUUCAUUUUCGGUAACCCAAAAUCGUCUCGAUUAUUCACCGAAACACAAAACUGAUUUCAUAUCUUUGAAGUUCGUUGAGUCCAGGUCACAAAUAUCCAAGGUUCAUUUCAUUCCGGCGUCGUUUCACCGAUCAAAAGCGACGUUGAAGUCAGGUACUCACGAAGGCAGCCAGCACUGCGUCGGUGACGGUUUCCAGCUUUCGGUCGAUCAUUUGGACGAUCAGAAGUUCAUCCUCUUCACACAAGGAAACAUGGAUUUUGGACAGAGAAGUGUGAAAAAGUACAAUCUCAUCAAUCCAAAGAUAGAUGAACUAAAGAAACUGGUUUCUUCGAUCGCAGAUCCUAUUGGUUUCAAAGACAGAUAUGGGGCACUUAUAUCUUUAUUGACACUUAGGAUGGAAGAAGGGUUAUUGCAGACAUUAAUACAGUUCUAUGAUCCAGUCUAUCACUGUUUCACAUUCCCAGACUAUCAACUCAUGCCUACAUUGGAAGAGUAUGCCCAGUUGCUUCACAUCCCAGUUGCUGAUACAGUACCUUUCUCUGGUUCAGAAAAGUUACCCGAGCACAGUUCUCUUGCAAAAGUGUUGUACAUGAAGAAGUCAGAAUUCAAGAAUAACUUCACCACCAAAGGAGGACUUCCAGGUUUCACUGCCAAGUUCUUAAUGGGGAAGGUUUCUUAUUUUGCCAGUCAAGGUUGUGAUAUUAUUGUGGAGCAUCUGUUCGCCUUGUUGAUCUACGGUUUGUUACUAUUUCCUAAUAUUGAAGGUUUUGUGGAUUCAUAUGCUAUACGCAUCUUCCUAAGUGGUAAUCCUGUUCCAACUUUGCUCGGAGACACCUAUCAUUCCAUCCAUUACCGUACUUUGAAAGGAGGAGGAACCAUAGUCUGCUGUAUACCGUUACUCUACAAAUGGUUUGUCUCUCAUCUUCCUAAGUCAGCUACUUUUUGGGAUCACAAGUCAGGACUUCAGUGGUCACAGAGGAUUAUGUCUCUUACCCAGUCAGAUAUUGCAUGGUAUAGUAGAGUUUUAGACGAUGUGAAGAUCAUUGAUAGUUGCGGGGAGUUCCCCAAUGUGCCCCUCAUGGGCACAAAGGGAAUCAUUUCUUAUAAUCCAGUACUUGCUAGGAGACAACUCGGUUACCCUAUGAAGGACAAGCCUCCUAACAUUCUUUUAGAAGGUAUUUUCUUGAGGGAUAACGAGGAGGACCCUACCAUGAAAGAGAGAGUAGUAAGAGCUUGGCAUCGUGUUUGUCGCAAAUGGAGACUUGAAUUGGGUAAGAAAGAUUGUACCUCCUAUGAGCCGUACCUCCAGUGGGUCAGAGCCAGAGCUAUACAGUUGAAAAUGCCAUACCCACAUCAUGAUCCUAUCAAACCCGCUCCGUUGAAGACCCCCUACCUUCCGCUAGAUGACAAAGAAGAACUCCAAGCCACCUUGGAGAGGGUCGAGAAAGAGAGAGACGCUUGGAAGGAUAAGGCCCAGGUGCUCGAAAUGGAAAAUGAAGAACUUCAGAGACAGUUAAAGGAGCAGAGUGGAGAAGAUCGUGCAGGUAAACGUCCAAGGGUGCAAGAGGAUUUAUUUUCCUCAGGCACAACAGAUUACUCCCAGAUUCCACAGUCCUCAGGUGCAUGGAAAGGUCUUGUAGACAGUUUGGUGAAGGAGAAAGCUUUUAUGCAGAAGGCCUAUGAAGAAAGAAUUGAGAGACUUGAAGGACAACUCCUACUUGUUUAUGCUCGUCCUGAUGACACAUGUCCUUAAAUGGUUUUCUUGGUUGUAUUUUGGGUUGAUAACUUUGUAUAUUUUGAUAAAAAUGCUUAAAAUGAAAUUUUUUGUUUUGUUAUCAAAAAUGUUUGCAAUUCUAUCUUUUCCUUCACUUAGAGUUCCUUGGAAAAUCAUUCAUUUUGCAUAUCCAUGCAUCACGUGCAUACGGGUUGUCUGUCUUGGUCCAGUCUUCUAACAGUUGCUUCCCGCCGCCAAGAUCCAUUUCAGGCUGACGCAUAAU